AUGAAUUUUCUGGAUCUUCUCGCACUUCACUCUCUGCAGAUCAAUCUAUGGGAGCAGGGAAUAUCAGAAUCUUUCCAAGUUUAUGGAAGUCUUGCAACCUUCAGUUCGAUACGUCUGUUGAGAAAACCACGGAACCUCCCUUUGAUAUCUCUGCAAAGAAUGCUUGCCCGGGGUCCACUGCAGCGCGCCGCGGUAGUGGGCGUUGUCGUCGUUGCGGAUGCGGGCGGCGUCUAA